GUUCACAUUUCCAAAUCACAACAAAACAAUAAAAACUCCCACAAAAUACUUCCAUUUCCACUCUCCAAUGGCCUCCUCUUCAUCUUCAAACCCCUUCCCCCUCCUUUGACCUCUCUCCAUCUCCACUUCUCUCCGCCGGACAACUUAUGAUCAAUCUCUUUCUUUUCAGUUUCCUCUAAUUUCUUCUUCUUAUUCUCUACGUGUUUAAUCAAUUCCUAACCUGCUUGGAUGAUUCCUUUCUCCUUCAAUUCCAAUCGCUAUGUCCAACAUUCCCACUUCCCUUUCUGAAAUCUGCCUCACUUUCUUCCGCCUCACCAUGUCCACCGCCGAUCCUUGGCCCUUUUCCUAAUCUACACAGUCCACGCACACCGCCGCUAAUCCUUUUUUCUCUCCUUUCCCCUCUCUUUUUAAUUAAUUUCUUCCAUUUUUCCCUACAUACGAUGAGACGAAUCAGAGGAUUCAAACUCGGCAAACACAUCCGUCGGAUCUCCAACUGGAUUCUCCACAGACGGCGCCGGAAUCGGUCUGGAUACUCUUUGUUGAGCUCCGGACGCUCAACCAAGCCGAUUGCAAAGCUGUUACGCUGGGGAAGGCGGUUGAGAGACGGAGCGAAAUCGAUCUGUUCGAGUAGAAGGAGAUUGAGUUAUGUCCCGUUAGAUCGUGAUUUGAAGGAGAAAAAGUCUGCGGCGGUCCCGAAAGGUCAUUUGGCUGUAUACGUUGGACAAAACGACGGUGAGUUCCACCGUGUUCUUGUGCCAGUGAUUUACUUUAACCAUCCUCUGUUUGGAGAGCUUCUGAGAGAAGCGGAGGAGGAGUACGGAUUUGAACAUGAAGGUGGAAUUACGAUUCCUUGUCCGUACGCUGAGUUCGAGAAUGUUCAGUCGAGAAUAAAGUCGGGUUCUAGUGGGCGGAAAGCGCCAUGGAAGAAGCUUGGGUGUUAUGGAGAUUGAUUUGAUUUCUUCAAUGACGACGACGACGAUGAAGCUUAUUCCAAAUUCAGGAGGAUAGUGAAGGCUUAGACUUUCCCCCCCUCAUUUAUUAGGUAGAAUUUUUCAUUUUAAUUUUUAAAUAAAUUAUGUGGUAGAGUUGAAUUCCUUCUCGAUGUGAAUUUCUGUACAAACCAUUUAAAUUUAGGAUUAAUUACAAUUUAGUCUUUUAUAUUUUUUAUUUA